AUGUACCCAGUCUACGAACCUGGCCUAUUGGUUGAUGAUAGGGUUCCUGUUGGUGGAGCUCCUGCCCUUGGCCUUGGUUCCAGUCUCGUCUCGCAUGCCAGCAAGUAUUCUAGAAAGAAUGACUUGGUUUCAUGUAGCUACUAUAGCUCCUCUCGCCUUUCUAGCCUGCCUUGUGUUGCUAGGAAAUGGCUCUAA